AGUUCCAAGAAAUCUGACUCACUGCAUUCCUUUUCCGCAUCCCUGUGAAAAUGGCUGCACUCAAAUCGCUCAAAGACAUCACAGAUACCUUCGAAGAACAACUGACCUGCUCUCUUUGUCUAGAUGUAUUCACUCAGCCCAAAACUCUUUCCUGUCUUCAUAGCUACUGUACAAGAUGCAUCGCUCAGUGGUAUCACACAAGCGGCAAUCAAGGAGGCAAUCGAAUGGACUGUCCGACGUGUAAGACGACGAUAGUUGUGCCAGACGGCGAUCCUUCGAAGCUACCUUCUUCGUUCUACUUGGAUUCUCUUCUGGACUUGCUUCAUGGGAUGAAAAGCCAAGCUAAUCAACCAGUUUUGCCCCAUUGUGUGAGCUGUGAACAACCGCGAGUCUUGGUGGCGUUUUGUCAGCAGU